AUGCACUCGCGGUGCGUUUUCCUCCAGAUGUGGCUGCCCUACGCGACACAGGCGCAACUGCGCUGCCAGUGCGGCUCCGCGUCAUUGCCGCCCUCGUCGUCCUCCGCUGCAUUUCUCCACGCAUCGCAGCUGCGCCUCAGCGGCGCGGCGUCCGGCUGCGGUGGACACCCUUUUGCGGGCGUUUGCCGCCACGUUGGGCUAAACCCCGCGUUCCUCCCCCAGGCACACCGCCGCGGCCCUCUGCGUCUCUGCACCCUCGUGUGUGCCCGACGCUUUGCCGGAGGCAGUGCCCGUCGCGCCCCCACCUUCGCGGAGGUGUCGGAGGCGUGCAGCAUUCUUGGGGUGGAGGCGGACUGCGACCAGCGGCAGCUUAAAAAGAUAUAUCGUGACUUGGUGCGAAAACACCACCCCGACGCCGGCGGAGAGGAGGCGGCGAUGAGUCGCAUCACCGUCGCCUACGAUCGACUAAGAGGCAUGUCAAAGAUGGAGAAGGAGCAAUACAAGCUGCAGAAGGAUAGCUAUCGUGGAGGAAGCUACUACGCCGCGAGGGGAGGCAGCAGCACCAGCAGCAGCAGCAGCGGGUCUCGCUACCAAACAUCGGCUGGUUACGCCGCACAUAACGCCCGUGCCGCACACGGCGCGCAGAGUUUUUACGACGCCCAAAAUGGAGAUUUUUUUCGUCAGGGACCCAUGCGGUCCCAAGGUUACUACAACUACCAGCAACGAAGGUCAAGUUAUGCGGAAAAUCCUUUUUCAUCGUCCCAUCCGUUUGGUUUUUAUACACAACUUAGAAGGGCAUGGAGCAUGCCGUUGUCGUAUAUUCUUUUGCGUGGCCUUGUGAUGUAUCUGGGGCUGUCUAUCUUGCUUUUGCUGGCGUAUCGCCAGUACCGGGAUUGGCUCCACGAUGAUGGGUGGAAAAUGUCUGAAAGCCUGGCACGCUAUGAGCAGAUGUCGGAGCUGCAUCGCUUACGACAGGAGUUGAACGAGCGCGUUCGUGCCGCGCGGGAGGCUGCGGCUGCGCGGGAUCCCAGUGUGCGGGUUCUUGUGCGACCGCCCGAUGACGACGGUGACUACAACACGCUGACCACGUCGCGAAACCGGGAGUUGCGUGCCCUGGAGUACGCCCGUCGACGGCAGAUGGAGUUGGGCGAGGAGGUCAAGGGGUGGCCGCAGUUCGGCGAGGACAAGGGCCGUCUCAUACGCCGCGCGCAGGAUCCCCCCGGCGUGGUUUUCUUUGAGCCACGGAAGGAGGACCUGCGCAGCAGGCAGUUGCGGAACAUGCGCGUGGGUCGUGAGUGGAGUGAGAGGGGGCGAGCCCCGACAACGGUGGGCGCCAAGGAACCUUCCGGCGAGGGCCAGGCCCCCGACACGAACGCUGCAGGAGGCAGAGGCGGAGUCGCCACGACCGCCACUGCGACGGAUGCCGCCAGCGCCAACACUGACGGCGGCGACGCUGCCCCUGCCGAGGCAGAGGCGGUCAGCAGGGUGAAGAGCAUCAUUGGCGUCAUAUUAGGGGGUGCCGAGAAAGCCGCACGGAAUACAUGA